ACCCCACAAUUUGCCUGAUACGCGUAUCCAAUGAGGCCAUUAUUCCAUCGCCAUUACCGACCUCUCUCCUCCUUAAAACCUCCAUUUCCCCUUCCCCUCUUUCCCAUUUCUUCAUCCAAACCAAACCACAAACUACUCUCCCCAUCCCCUCUACAAAUUUCGUAUUUUCUCUUUCUAGAUUGAAGCAGGCAACCGAAUUUUGUCAUAAUUUUAAAAUUUUACACACACAAAAAGAAAAAUGGCUCAGAGAACGGAGAAAGAAGAGACGGAGUUCAAGGCCGUACCUGAAACGAUAACGCUUUGCAUCAACAAUUGUGGAGUUACAGGAAAUCCAGCCACAAACAAUAUGUGUCAAAAGUGCUUCAACGCCACCACCGCGGCUACCUCAACUUCAUCCAGCUCGCCGACGGGGACGUCGGUGACGAUUCCUCACAAUUUCGCUGAAAAAUUGGUCAGAUCUGAAAAAUCGGCGAGAUUCAGCUCGUUGAGGUCGUCGCCGGACAGGAAGUCUGAUCUGGACAGGAUGAGUCAAGAUCUGAAGAAAGUUGGAGAUACGAUGAUGGUAAAGGAGGAGGAUCAACUGAAGGCAAGCUUACCGCCGGCUAAGAGAGAGGUGAAUCGUUGCUCCGGUUGUCGAAGGAAGGUAGGAUUGACCGGAUUCCGAUGCCGGUGCGGCGAGUUGUUUUGCGGUGAACAUCGAUACUCCGAUCGUCAUGAUUGUAGCUACGACUACAAAACCGCCGGCCGAGAAGCGAUCGCGAGGGAGAAUCCAGUCGUGAAAGCAGCAAAAAUCAUUAAAGUUUGAAAGGAUAACACGAAACCACGUCCUUUUUACCUUUAUAAUCAAAUUUCAUGAUGAAAAAAAAUAGAGAGAGAUCGAAUUCCGAUCUCCAUAACUGCUGCUGCUGUUAUUAUGCUUUUCGUCGUCUCAGAGGGGGAGAGACGCACAACGAACGCAAAAAACAAAAUAAUAUCAAAACUAGAAGAGUAAUUCGAAAAAAAAUAUAUUUUUAUCAUAUAUUUAUAUAAUUCGAAGUCAUGAAUUUGUUGUGUGAAAAAUUCAUCCCCUUCUCUGAAUUGUUAUUUUGAAGAAUUAAAUCCUUUUUAAUUUUUUUUUUUCCAGUGUUCUACAGAAAGAUUGUGGCUUUACAGUUUCUUUUAUCUUCGUUUAGUCCUUGUUUGGUUAUUGAGCAAAAUGGAACCAUUUGAUCACACCUUCAAAGAGAGCAUCCAAUUAUCAUUUUUCUCUGUAAAAGCAAACGCGGUUUUACAUAAUUUCCAUGAGUGGCAUAUGGUCGUAAAUUGAUGGGAAGUGUGGGGGUGCUAUGUUAUUUGAAUUUCUUAAAGUAAAAGAUAAGAUAUAGAAAAGGUUGGGCCCACCAGGUGGUCAAGUGGUUGUUGGUAUCGUGAUAAAUUGGGAAUGAAUCGAGGAGACGUGAAAAUGAGGUAACAGAAGAACUGGUUGAUUUUAGUUUUCGAGUAGUCGCUGUAUUUUGUUGAGAUGUUGAAAGUUCAAUCUAUCUUUAAAAUUUGUUGCAUAGUAUUUUGGGGAUUUGCAAAUAAAUUUGAAUCGAUAUACCCAA